AGCGAGGAGGGAAAGCCAAAAUGAUUCAGACCUCGCGGCCAAGCCGAUCUCCGCUUCAAGAGCUCGCGAACUUCUCGCCGAUUAGGGGAAAAAUUAAGAAGAGAAAAAAAAGGGGGAGAAAUUAAGAGAAGGAAGGCGAGCAAUCGGUGGGAGCGGUAGAGGUGGAAUGGAGGAGAGCUCUCACUAGGAUUGGUUUUCUUUGUAGGGUUUUUUGUUGGCUGAUCAGAUCCUUCAGUUCUAUGAUUAUAAUUCACAGAAUUCUUAUGAGUUUCGAUCUAUGCCGUCCUCUGCACUUCUGAUUCUUGCUACAUAAGGUUACUUUAUUGGGUUGGAUUGGUUCUUCGGUCAAUCAAGGCGGCUGCGGCGGUUAAUUCGAUCGUUGGAGCGAUGGAUUUGGCUAUUACUUGCAAGGACAAGUUGGCGUACUUCAGAAUAAAGGAGCUUAAAGAAGUCUUGGGUCAACUUGGCCUUGCAAAGCAAGGAAAGAAGCAGGAUCUCAUGGAUAGAAUAUUAUCUGUGCUUUCAGAUGAACAAGUUGCAACUCCUGGAUUGGCAAAGAAAAUUUCUAUUGGAAAAGAUAGAGUUGCGAAGAUUGUUGAUGACACUUACAGAAAAAUGCAACAAUCUGGUGCUAAUGAUUUGGCAUCAAAAAACACUUGUAUCUCAGACGUAAAAACUGUAAAUCCACCAGAGGAAAGGGAGGAUCUCAGUCACUUGGACAUGAAAGUUCGUUGUCUUUGUGGGGGUUCUUCUUUCUCUGAAUCAAUGAUUCAGUGUGAGGAUUCACGGUGCCGUGUUUGGCAACAUAUUGGCUGUGUUCUUAUACCAGAGAAACCUUUGGAUGGCAUCAUGCCUGAAAUCCCUUCAUCCUUCUAUUGCGAGAUAUGUCGGCUCAAUAGGGCAGAUCCGUUUUGGUUAACAGUCACUCAUCCUCUCCUUCCCGUCAAGCUAGUUUCUCCUGCACCUGAUGGGUCAAAUCCAGUGCAUUCUGUGGACAAAACUUAUCCGCUCUCCAGAGUAGAGAGAGAAUUGUUACAGAGACCUGAUAAUGAUUUACAGUUUUUUUUGCAGAUUUGGUGUAUGUUACUGAAUGAUAAAGUCCAGUUUCGGAUGCAAUGGCCACUAUCCCCAGAGUUACUUGUAAAUGGUGUUCAGGUCCGAACCAUAAAUAGGGCAGGUUCACAGUUAUUAGGGAUAAGUGGUCGGGAUGAUGGUCCAGUAGUUACAACUUGCAGUAGGGAAGGAAGCAACAAAAUCUUUUUCACAUUUUGUGAUGCUCGUGUGUUCUGUUUUGGUGUCAGGAUAGUGAAGCGGCGUACUGUCCAACAGGUCCUUAGUGUGGUACCAAAGGAAGCUUGUGGUGAGCGUUUUGAGGAUGCUCUUGCCCGAGUUCGCCGUUGCAUCGGUGGUGGAGCUGCUGCUGAAAAUGCAGAUAGUGGCAGUGACUUGGAAGUAGUUGCUGACACCGUCUCCGUCAAUCUUCGGUGUCCUAUGAGUGGGUCUAGAAUGAAGAUAGCUGGUAGAUUCAAGCCUUGCAUUCACAUGGGUUGCUUUGAUCUUGAAACUUUCAUGGAACUUAAUCAGCGCUCUCGGAAGUGGCAAUGCCCAAUUUGUCUCAAAAAUUACUCUUUGGAGAACAUGAUCAUAGAUCCAUAUUUUAAUCGAAUAACAUCUAUGAUGCAAAAUUGUGGGGAGGAUGUUAAUGAGAUUGAUGUGAAACCUGAUGGAUCCUGGCGUGCAAAAAUUUCAUCUGAUAUCAAGGAUCUCCUGCAGUGGCAUUUACCCGAUGGCACUCUCUGUAGUGUAACAGAUGUUGAAGUGAAACCGGACUUGGGGAUUUACCCUCAGGUUAAGAAAGAAGUUAUCUCUGAAGUAUACACUGGUUUGAAAUUAGGUAUUAGGAAAAACAACAAUGGAGAUUGGGUGUUCAAUAAACCAGGAGUUACAGAACACCAGUCUUCGGGAACUUUGGCAUUCGAAACAUCCGGAGAUUUCUGCCCAAACAUUAUUCCUACCAGUAGCAGUGCUACUGGAAGCUGCAGAGAUGGUGAAGAUCCUAGUGUUAACCAAGAUGGUGGAGGCAGUUUUGAUUUACCGUUUAGCCAUGAACUCGAUUCAAUUUCUUUGGACUUAUACAAAAUUAGAGAUAUGUGUCCUCCAGUACCUUUGGAUAAUGCUAAUGUAAUCAUCCUUAGUGACUCCGAUGAAGAUAAUGUCACCAUGAUUUCUCCUGCAAUAGCUAAUGACGCUAUUCCAUCCAUUUGUAAUGCUGUUCCAGCUGAUCAUCGAGGGGUUUUAGAUGUAUACCCUGAUGAAUCUGGAUUAAGGGCUGAUGCAGUCUCAUACCUCGGUUUCUGUGACAAUAAUCCUGAUGAUUUUGGAAUGCCUCUUUGGCCCCUACAGACGCGCCCUCAAAAUGGCCCGGGUCUUAAACUAUUUGGUUCUGAUACUGAUGUUUCUGAUGCUUUUGCUGGGCUAGCACCAGAUGACUAUAAUCUGAGAUCAAAUGGUUUUGGAGAGGCUUGUCAGGUCCAAGAUCUUCCUCCUUGUCCUGACAAUAGUUCGAGUGGAAGCUUGAUGAAUAGAAAUCCUUUAACAUUCAGCUGUGGAGAUCCCUCUUUGCAAAUCUUUCUGCCUAGUCAACCCGUAAAUAGUGUUCCUUCCCAAACUAAUUUGAGCGGCCAUGCUGAGAUGGACAGCGGUAUCAGCCCUAAUGAUUGGAUGUCUCUUAGCCUUGGUGGUGUAAUUGAACCGCAUGUCAACUCUACUUUGCCAAAUGGGCUGAGUUCAGAACAUCAUUUUGCACCGGAAGAGAAUAGAAUGGAAUCAUUAGCUACUGCUUCCUUGCUUCUUAGUAUGAGUGGUGAUAGAACCAGCAAGUCGAGCUUUAAUGGAGAAAAAUCUAGUAUCUCUUUCUCUCAUCCUCGUCAGCCCCGGUCGGUUCGCAAACGCCCCUUCCAUUCAAUAAAUUUGGACACGGACUCUGACUAGUUAAUUAGAUGUAAUAAUGGUCGAAGUCCGAUCUCUUAAUGAGGGUUGUGCCCCUUAUUAAGCCGCCUCCAAUGAUCUUGGGUGUUUUAUCUUUCUGCUUUUGAAGGGAUGGAGACAAUGAGAUACAGAAGGGGUAGAGAGAGAAUGUUGGGGGAGAGAUCCAGCCAUCACAAAAGUUUUCAGCGACCCUUUACAAGCUUAAAUGGCAUAUUUAAAGCUUGAGCUAUACUCGCCUGAAAGAGAUAUAGAAUGCAAUUCUGAUGUCAAAUUUACAGUUUUUAACAAGUCUCCCAAGUUUUCCAAUUGGUAGGAAAUCAGUUUUAUGAUUCUUUUUGGCUGCCACGCUGUAAUAUAUAUUUUAUUAUUAUUUUUUUUAGACUCCCAAGUAAAAGCAAUUUGUAUGAUAUGUUUUGUCUCCACUGCCCGCUGUAAAUCAUUGCUGACGACCAUGUUUUAAAACUGAUAUAGAAAAAAAAUAUAUAUAUA